ACCUGGUUUCUAGUCUUCAGGCUUGAUCAGCUUUUCCUACCCCUUGGUCUUUCAGCUUUCUGAAUUCUGUCGGCUGUAUUUUGGGGAAGACACUCUAGGAUUUACAUACAUUGAUGUGAUGUGAUGUUUGUGUUCAUUAUUUAAUUUACAUAUUAGUUGAUUACAUCACUGUGAAUGUUCAAGUGUAAGCAAUAAACAACUGUCAAAGUAAUCCUUGACCUAGACCAAUCAAGACAAUAAAAUUAAAGUUAAACUGAUACAAAUAUUUACAAAAAUAUAUUUUCAUGUGUCUAAAAUAAACAAUAACGAUAAAUAUUAUAAUAAUAUUUACAAUCAAUUUGUAAAAUAUAUAAAAUAUGACACGAAGUAUGGAAAAAAAAUUUCCAACUGAUUCUCUUUUAUCAUGGGAAAAACGUAACAAAAGCAAUGUGAGGACAGUAACAUUGUCCAAAGGACCAUCAGGUCUUGGUUUUCAUAUUAUUGGUGGUGAAAGUGGUGCUGGUAUUUUUAUAUCAUAUAUAGUACCUGGUGGAUUAGCUCAUUCAAAUGGUCAAUUAAAAUGUGGUGAUCAAAUAUUAAGAGUCAAUGGUAUUGACCUACAAUCAGCUGUUCAUCAAAAAGCUGUUGCUGUAUUAAAAGGUCCAGAAAAUAUUGUAAAAAUUGAAGUAGAAUACAAGAUACAAGAGUACAAUCAGUUAGAUAAAAAAAUUACAGCAAUUAGACAAGAACUUUCUUCAACACUAUCAAAAACAUCAAUACAAAGAAAUAUUGAUACUAGAAAAAAAUCAAUCUACGUUAGGGCACUUUUUGAUUAUGAUCCAAAUAAUGAUGAUGGUCUGCCAAGUCGAGGUGUUGCAUUUAAAUUUGGUGAUGUUUUACAUGCUACAAAUGCUAGUGAUAUUGAAUGGUGGCAAGCAAAAAAAAUAACUGGAUUACAUGAAGAAGAAUUAGGAAUAAUACCAUCACAUAAAAGAUGGGAACGUAAAAAACGUGCACGUGAUCGUUCAAUUAAAUUUCAUCAAGGAAAUUCUACUUGUUUUUUAAACAAAAGCUUGACAGUUAAUGAAAAAAAGAAAAGUUUUAGUUGGAAAUUUCCUUUUAGAAAAAGUAAAAAAGACAAAUUCAAUGAAAGUACUGAUAGUUUUAUUCAAGAACUGAAGACAGUUUUGACGUAUGAAAAAGUUGAGAAAACUGAAGUUGAUUAUCCAAGACCAAUAAUUAUUCUGGGUCUAUUGAAAGAUCGUAUAAUUGAUGAUCUUAUUAAUGAAUUUAGUGAACGAUUUACAACUUGUGUACCACACACAACAAGAGCUAAAAGAGGUCAUGAAGAAACUGGACUUUAUCAUUUUGUUACAAGAGAACAAAUGGAACUUGAUAUACAAAAUCAGUUGUUUAUUGAAGUUGGACAACUUGAUAAUAAUCUUUAUGGCACAUCUAUAGCAGCUGUUAGAGAUGUUUUUGAAAAGAGAAAACAUUGUGUGCUUGAUGUAAGUGGUAAUGCAAUUAAAAGAUUACAAGCUGUUCCAAUUUACCCAAUUGCUAUUUUUAUAAAACCAAAAUCAAUUGAUUCUAUAAUGGAAAUGGUCAAAAGAAUUAAUAAAAAACAAGCAACACAAAUGUAUGACCAGUUUAUGAGUAUUGAGCAAGAAUUUAAAAAAUAUUUUACUGCUAUUGUUGAAGGUGAUACACCAGAAGAAAUUGAUGCUAGUGUUAAAUCUGUUAUUAAAGAACAAUCACAUUAUAGUCAUAUUUGGAUAUCUUCUGAUGAUCAACAACUGUAAUGUUGUAACUUUGUCACUACCUAUCAAAGAUCAGGAUGCAAUUGCCAGUCUGAUACUCUUGAAUAUUAUCAUACUUCCCAAAGGUCAGACUGCUCAAUGCAUCAGUUAAGUACAAAAUUAAUUUUCAAUCAUUUUUGUAAAAAUCAUUCUAAAUGUAUUUUAAUAAUAAAAGAAAAAUAAAUCAGGGAUUAGAUUUUUAAAAAUACAUUUAUAUUAUUUGAUUAAUAAUAUUCUAAGCUUAUACAUUUUUUUUUAUUAUUUUGAUUUUAACAAGACUGAGACCAUAAUGCGCCAUAAUUUAUGUCUAGUCAUAUUUUAUGGUUUCUAGUUUUUGUAACUUGAUAGAAACAAAAAAAAAAACUUUUGUUUUCAAGUUGAAAAAAAGAGAAACUAUUGUUUUAAUUAUGACUACAAAAUUCAUGUCCUCUCAAUUACAAUUGUUAUUGAUGGUGUUGAAAUAAUAAUAAUAUGUAAACAAUUGAAAAUAAAUAAUAAAGUUUAAAAAAUAAUGAAACUCAUGAUAUUUUCUUGAUUUUAUAAAUGUUUAUAAACAGAUGAUGUUGAUUUUCUAUCAAGUCAAUUUUAAUUUAAUUAAAAGCUAAAUUAACAUCCAGCUAAGUUUAUUAUUAUUAA